AUGUACAAUUUAGAACUACAAGUUGAAAAAAGCAGUAACGUGGAGCUUCUCAGAGUGUGGGGAGUUGAGAUCAAGCCGUACAUGCAGGCCUUCCAUUUCUUAUGGUCACUAGGGGGAAUCGUCUCCCCCUUUGUCCUUGAACCCUUCCUAGCUGUCGGGAGGGAUGUGGUUCAAAACUCCACGGCUGCCAAUAACUCAGAUACAGGAGGUCUUCUUAAUGCAUCGGUCAUACCACCACAGGAGCCGUUGGAAACAAGCAUCAUAUGGCCAUUCCUGAUGACAGGGUUAAUGACAAUCCUAUCCUCUCUUCCCUUCUUGGUUGUCUUCUUCUUUGCCAGAAAGGAGGGACAUGAGGAGAUUACUGAGGCAUUGGAUGGUAAAAGACAAGGGAAAAAGUUAUCCCGGAAGUUACUAGUUCUCACGCUUGGCCUUUUGGGUAUAUUCUAUUUCUUCUUGGACGAAGUUGAGGACUCGUCCGUGUCCUUCCUGGCCUCAUACGUGGUCAAACAGUUCAAGUGGACAAAGAUCAUGGGAGCAAGAAUUACCUCCACGUUCUGGGCUGCGUAUGCAUUUGGUCGUCUUGCCGCCAUCUUCUUCAUCAGCUACGUCUCGCAUAUGAAGAUAUGUGGCCUCUUCUUCAUCUUGUUGAUCGUGGCGCAGGUGGGGAUGAUCCUGUCUGGAAUGUUUCUCUCUGAUGUUGGCAUAUGGAUCACUACUUGUGCUGUCGGGUUUUCAAUCUCGAUAAGUUUCCCCGCCAUGCUGACGUGGAUAGAGAAGGACUUUGUGCAACUGUCAGGACAAAUUAUGUCUGUCAUCUUCGUAUCCGCCGGCCUGGGAGGAAUGGUCAACCCUCAGAUCAUUGGCUAUCUGAUGCAAGAGGCUACCCCUCUAUGGUACAACUAUGUUCUGACUAUAGAUAGUGUUCUGUUGUGCUGUUGUAGUUUCCUCGUGCUGGUGUGGCUGGUUAAGAAAGUCCUUAGCAUGUUCAAUGCAUCGCAAAAUGAAACUCCUGAUAUGAAGAAAAGGAACUUAAAUUGA